UAUAAUCCGAAAAAGCAUGAACUCACGUUAAAAACUUCGAGUAUAGGCGGUUGGAAUAGACCGAUAAGCAUGAUUUUUGUCUACAUUAUCCUGACGGUUUUUUUGCCGUUCAUAUUGACCGAUGAUGAAUGCGGUGUUACUGUAACAAAAUGUGUAAACACCAACUACAGGACUAUCACAGGAGAAUGCACUAACUUGAAGAAUCCCAAUUGGGGCACCCCUCAGUCCACGUACGACAGAUUCGCCCAACCCAGAUAUGGACCAGACGGUACGAUCCGUAAAGCUGUUAACGGAAGCGACUUACCCAAUGCUCGACUAGUUUCCCGAAUGGUUUAUCAGGAUAAUACUUUACCAGAAAAACGUUUAACUAUGUCAGCGAUAGAAACUGGACAAUUUUUAGGGCACGAUUUAAGUUUCACUUUUCUUGCUUCCCAACAAGUGUUAGAGAAAGCCCCUCAAAGAUGCAGGAGCGUAAUAAUUCCCGAAAAUGAUCCAAGCUUCGAACUCUACAACGUCACAUGCAUUGCUAUUACCAGAUCAUACACGAAUAGAGAUUUUAAUUGCUCAACCAAUUUGAAAUACGAUGAGCAGUUAUCCGAAACCAACGCCUUUCUGGAUUUGUCUUUAAUAUACGGACUGACGGAGGAAGACCACAAAACAUUAAGAGCUUACAAGGAUGGUAAAUUGAAAUUGGACAAAAGAAAUGGACAAGAGUGGUUUCUCCAAUCCAAAACACGUAUAGAGUGCCCCCUUUCACUUUCUACUGAUAGAUGUUAUCGAACCGGCGAUUCGAGAGUAGAUCAAAAUCCUCUAUUAACCAUCAUUCACUUGAUGUGGGCCAGAGAGCAUAAUAGACUGGCGUCGAAGUUGAAAAGCCUAAAUCCCAAUUGGAACGAUGAAAAAUUAUUUCAAACAGCUAGACAGAUUGCGAUAGCUCAGCACCAGUAUAUUUCUUACUACGAGUUACUACCUUUGUAUUUAGGCAAAGAGAAUUUGUUGAAAACCAAGAUUAUAUACGAAAAGCGUGGAUUUAUCAACGAUUACGAUGAAAAUAUUAGACCGCACCUUUAUAACGAACACGCUCAAGGAGCUAUGAGGCGGUUCCACACCAUGGUCCAAGGGGAUGUACACUUGGUAAAUGAAGAAGGCUGUCCGUACAGAAACGCUAAUCUUCGAGACCUCAUCAACAAACCACAUUGGCUGGAAGAGCGCGACAACUUUGACGGAAUCACCAGAGGUAUGAAUAACCAACCGGCAAUCGCGCCUGAUACAUUCACCAAAAAAGAGAUUUCUGCGUAUCUAUUUCUCAACGACAUACCAGUAGGCUACGACCUUAUAAGCAUCGAUCUCCAAAGAUCCAGAAUUCACGGAUUGGCUACUUACAAUGACAUAAGGGAAAAGUGCGGUUUAAAAAAAGCUGAGACCUUCGACGACUUUUUGGAUCAUAUAGAACCAAAAAAAGUUAAGCUUUUGAAGGAAUUGUAUGACCAUCCAAAUAGCGUAGAUUUGUUAGUCGGUGGUACGAUGGAGAGAGUCGAGGAAGGUACGAUGGCAGGACCGACAUUCAAUUGCAUUAUGUUGAAGCAAUUCUACAAAACAAGGAAAAGUGAUCGGUUAUGGUUCGAGAACAGCCAAUCCGGUUUAACAGAAAGACAACUGAGGGAAAUUAGAAAAGCAAGCAUAUCCAAGCUGUUCUGCGAUAAUGCUGUCGGGAUAAAAACAAUGCAGAAGCAUGGUUUUCUGCAAGUUUCCAAAAGCAACCCACGAGUUGAUUGUAAACAUAUCCCUGGACCUAAUCUCGAAUUAUGGAGUGAGACAUUCGUAGAAAUUGGCCCCAUGAAAUCGUUAGUUUAUCAAGGCGAACCCAUCUUGAACCACGCAGAGCUUGUGGGCAGAAUUGUUCCUGCUGCUGGCGAGAUCAGCAUUUCGUUUGCAGACAGAGUUCUCCUAAAGUAA